UCUAUAUCCUUGAAUAGUUUCUGGGCGGGGCACUGAGAGUUGCGCGGCCUGGCCCAUAUUUGUUCUUCCAUUUUUCACUAAUUUCCCGUGUUUUUGCCCUUUCGCUCUCCCAAUAGUAGCCUCAACCUCGUGUGAUUUAAAGAAUUUUGUUUUUUUUCUUUUACGGAAAAGGUGCCGCACCGAUUUUAUUCAGUAGCUUAAAUUCUACUGUUUGAGAAUUCUCUUCUUCUCACUCAGAGUCUCAUUAUUGGAAGAAAGACAUGAGAAUGUUGAUGUUGGUUGCAGCAGGAGGGAGAGACGGUUCAAUACCCGAUUUGAGGACCAGCCAGGCAUGGGAACCCGAGGAGUUGUAGGGGAUAAAUGGUCAAUGAGGAUUCUUUGGGCCUGUGCUAUUGGAAGUGCAAUCAGCCUAUAUAUGGUUGCUGUAGAAAGACAGCAAAAGAACAGAGACCGAAUGCUGGCCGAAAGUUUACAGGAUAUGGAGGCUGAGUCGGGCAGUGGGGAGAGUAUUUAAAUGUGGGUGUCUGAUUGUCAAAAAUUUCUUCUGUAAUAUCUUCUAAAGAGUUCUCCUAAUGUUCUAGAAUGAGUGUCUAUGCAAAGGACUAUUCCUUUAAUUUUGGGGAUUUGGAGUUUGAGGAUUUCUCUCUGAUAAUAAUUCAGUUUUUCAGAGGUUGAAGAGUACAAUUUUCAGCAGGGACAUGAAAGGGAAUAGUUAAUUGAUUAUGCAGCUGUCUGUAGAGAAUGGUCUUUUAGUUUGAUGCAGUUGAUAUUAUACUCCUGAUGUUUGUGCUAACUAAUGUAACAUUAAACAGAUUUUCAUUUGAAAGAAUGAAAUGGCUUGUUAUUACAAACGAAAUAAAUAAGAAAUUCAUUGAAUUCUACUC